AUGAACGAGAAGACUCUCCCCGUCGUCUCUCCCGCCCAUGACAGCCGUAUCAACAAACACGCCCAUCGCUCGAGCAGGCUGAUCGUGGUGUGCAUAGUCAUUCAAGUCGCCAUCCUUGUCUAUCGUUUAACAGGCCCUCCCAAAUCAUUUUCGAGAAUACUUCCCGCACAAUCCGAGCCAGAUUUCUCACAUCUAGCAGAUCAUUGCGCCCAUGUCUCUCCUAUCACUGCCAGCUCCUUCCUCGAUCGUCAGCAGUCCCUCGCGCAAACUCUCCAUGCCCUCAACAUCUCAGCCUAUGUCGCCGAACCUGGACCAAGUGCUGGGUAUUUUGCUAACCUAUCAUCAUCGCAAUGGGGGCUGUCCGAGCGACCGCUCUUGCUUAUCGUCUCUCCCAAGGCGGACGCAGAAGAUAACAUUCGUGCCCAGGUCUCAAUCUUGACGCCUGCCUUCGAGGUUACCCGUGCCAAACUUCUCUCCAUCCCAACGCCCUCAGACAUAGAGUAUGUGUCCUGGCCAGAAGACGUUGAUCCUUUCAGUACGGCCGUGUCAGCCAUAAGCAGCCUCAGUGGAAACACAAUUGUCGUCGACGGCAUGGUCCGAAGCUUCAUCUCAGACGGAUUGAAAAAGGCUGCACCCAACUCGAGGAUUGCCUUGGCCCCCGUAGAAAUCAGAAGGCUGCGGGAGCGUAAGAGCGAGCAAGAGCUUGAAAUCAUGAAGUGUGUCAAUGAGGUAAGGCGUAUUCUUGUGUGUCAUGGACUUUUCAUGAUUGUGUGCGACAAGGUCACUGUUCUUGCCAUUCGUGCCGUCCGCGAGAAUAUGUACAUAGGUAUGCGCGAGUCAGAAGCUCGUCGGAUGAUCGUGGGCGCCCUUGGUGCCGCAGGGCUACGUGACCCGAGUGCCCUCACAUUAUUUGGAGAGAAUGCGGCCCUUCCGCACGGGAGCGGAACAGAUCGCAUACUCGGACCCCAUGACUUUGUCCUUAUUGAUUGCGACGGGUCUUUGCACGGGUACCAAAGCGACGUUACCAGGACAUUCGCUUUGCCCGGUUCGAGUAUCCAUGCUGCUCACCUGAGACUGUGGCACCUAGUGCACUCCGCUCAGGCAAACGCGCUACGUGCUGCACGAAAUGGAACGAUGACGGCAGAUGUCGACCGUGCUGCUCGAGAUACGUUUGCUGCACAAAGCUAUGCGCAAUAUUUCACACAUCGACUUGGUCAUGGAAUUGGUCUCGAGGUUCACGAAUCACCGUAUUUACGCGGCGGAUCAGACGACCUCAUCCUUACGGGGCACACAUUCUCUGACGAACCUGGAAUUUAUAUCGAGGGACAAGUCGGCGUCCGACUGGAAGACUGUUUCUAUGUUCAUGAGGAUGGUAAUGCAGUAUUACUCACUGCUGGGAACGUGCUAUUCAAUAAUCAAUAUUCAGGUCCGACGCCGUAUCUUAUCGAGAAUCGUGGGAAAGAAAUCUUGACUUCAGUGGAAAGUCUCUCUCGAUCGAGUCAAAGCGUCUGCACGCUCGCUGUAGGCUUGCCUAGUCCUGCACCCUCCAUGCCAUCUCCUGAAGAAGCCACGACGUCUGAUGCGCCUGCGCCUGUACCUGCAGCAGCAACAGACUUCAGAUCUUUGGGACUCAUUGAUCCUCUCCUAGAGGCACUUGAGCAACUAAAUUUCAAACACCCGACCGACAUCCAAGUCGAAGCCCUCCCUCAUGCUCUUCAAGGUCGAGACAUCAUCGGUGUAGCGUCCACUGGUUCCGGAAAGACCGCGGCAUUUGCAUUGCCUAUACUUCAGAAACUAUGGGAAGAACCAAAAGGUCUGUUUGCGUGCGUCCUUGCGCCGACCCGCGAGCUUGCCUACCAAAUAUCGCAGCAAUUUGAGGGUCUGGGGUCUGCAAUGGGCGUGAGGUGUGUCACCAUUGUCGGUGGUCUGGAUAUGAUGGCACAGUCGGUGGCACUGGCGAAGAGGCCGCACAUAGUUGUCGCUACGCCCGGUCGGCUGAUAGACCAUCUGGAGAAUACGAAGGGCUUCAGCUUGAGGGGGCUCAAGUUUCUGGUCUUAGAUGAGGCUGACAGGCUGUUGGACAUGGAUUUCGGGCCUAUAAUUGACAAAAUUCUCAAGAUCAUCCCGAAGGAGCGAACAACCUACCUAUUUUCCGCCACAAUGACCACCAAAGUAGCAAAGCUCCAGCGAGCGAGUCUGUCCAACCCAGUUCGUGUGGAAGUAUCUGAAAAGUAUUCUACUGUCUCGACAUUAUUGCAAUACUACCUCUUUAUUCCAUUAGUCCAGAAGGAUGUGCACCUCAUCUAUCUCGCGAACACGUUAGCGCAGAACUCGAUCAUCAUCUUCACCAGAACUGUUCAUGACGCACAGAGACUAUCCAUUAUAUUGCGAACACUCGGGUUCCCUGCGGUGCCAUUACAUGGUCAGCUAAGUCAGAGUGCGCGUCUCGGUGCGCUGGGUAAAUUUAAGAGUGGAGGUCGCAAGAUCUUAGUAGCUACAGAUGUUGCUAGCCGUGGGCUUGAUAUUCCCCACGUGGAUGUUGUUAUAAAUUACGAUAUUCCAACACAUUCAAAAGACUAUAUUCAUCGAGUCGGCCGAACUGCGCGUGCUGGUCGGUCCGGGAAGUCUGUCACCCUUGUCACGCAGUACGAUGUCGAGCUCAUUCAGCGUAUUGAGACGACUAUUGGGAAGAAAAUGGAGCUGUGGCCGACUGAUGCAGAAGAGAUUGCCUUGCUGAGGGAGCGCGUAGACGAGGCGAGCAGGGUUGCCAUCAAUGAGCUCAAGGAGCAAGCCGGGAUGAAGAAAAGCGUCCACGGAAGAAAGCGUAGAAAAGAGGAAGGGGGCGGAGACGACCGAGAUAGGGAUGAUGAUACCGUGGAAGCCGGUAUGCCUUCGAGAAAGAAAAGACCCAAAAUGCGAAGGUAG